AUGCGGAGUCGUCUGGUUCUUAUUGCACUUCUGGUGCUUUUCACCACUGUUGCAUUCUACCCAUCUCAUGUAAGCGCUGAAGAUGAUGUUGAAACUCCUGAAAAAGACAGCAAAAAAUCGUCAGAUGACUCCGAUGCUCAGCGUGAUGGUGAUACAAUCAAGAUUGAUGGUCUUUCUCCUGCACAAGUAAAGGAAAUGCGAGCGAAAGCAGAGAAACACGAAUUCCAGGCUGAAGUCAAUCGAAUGAUGAAGCUGAUAAUCAAUUCAUUGUAUCGUAACAAAGAAAUUUUCCUUCGUGAAUUGAUCUCCAAUGCUGCUGACGCCCUAGACAAGAUUCGACUGGUCUCUCUAACUGAUCCUAGUGCACUUCAAGCCAACGAGGACCUAAGCGUGAGAAUCAAGGCUGAUCGCGAGAACAAACUACUUCAUAUAACAGACUCUGGAAUAGGAAUGACAAAAGAUGAGCUUUUGAAUAAUCUUGGUACAAUUGCUCGUUCUGGUACCGCAGAAUUCCUAUCGAAGCUAAUGGACACCUCAACCUCCGCUGAGGUUCAGCAGGAUCUGAUUGGACAAUUUGGAGUUGGUUUUUACUCCGCAUUCCUUGUUGCUGAUCGAGUGGUCGUCACUUCAAAAAGCAAUGAUGGCGAACAGUACAUUUGGGAAUCGGACUCCGGCAGUUUCUCCAUUAUAAAGGAUCCUCGUGGACCGACCCUAAAACGUGGAACUCAGAUAACAUUGCACAUGAAAGAAGAAGCUUUGGAUUUCUUGGAGCCCGAUACCCUGAAAAACCUUGUUCACAAGUACUCUCAAUUCAUCAAUUUCAAUAUCUACCUUUGGCAGUCGAAGACUGAGAUGGUUGAUGAGCCAGUCGAAGAACAACCCAAAGAAGCUAAAGAGGAUGGUACCGUAGAGGAGGAGAAAGAAGAGCAAAAGACUAAAAAGGUGGAGAAAACCACAUGGGAUUGGGAGCGUGUCAACAACGUGAAACCGAUAUGGAUGAGGAAACCGAGCCAGGUUGAGCCUGAGGAGUACGAUGAAUUCUACAAGAGCAUCACGAAAGAUUCCGAGAAGCCACUCACGCAUGUCCACUUUACCGCUGAGGGAGAAGUAUCAUUCCGUUCCAUCCUGUAUGUGCCAAAGAAGUCGCCGAGUGAUUUGUUCCAGAAUUACGGCAAAGUUGUAGAGAACAUCAAGUUGUACGUGCGACGAGUUUUCAUCACUGACGAUUUCGCCGAUAUGCUCCCCAAGUACCUCGCAUUUAUCCGUGGUAUCGUGGACUCUGAUGAUCUUCCUCUAAACGUUUCUCGUGAAAAUCUUCAGCAGCAUAAGCUUUUGAAAGUUAUCAAGAAGAAACUUGUACGAAAAGUCUUGGAUAUGCUUAAAAAGCUUGAAGGACAGGAAUUCGAUGACUUCUGGAAAGAAUUUAGCACCAAUAUCAAACUUGGUAUCAUGGAAGAUCCCAGCAACCGUAUUCGUCUCGCCAAACUAUUGAGGUUCUCUUCUUCUGCUGACAAAGAGAAGCUUACUUCCCUCGCAGACUAUGUGGAGCGGAUGAAAGAUAAACAAGAUAAGAUCUAUUAUAUGGCUGGAAUGUCUCGCAAAGAGGUGGAAACCUCUCCAUUCGUGGAACGUCUCAUUGCUAAAGGAUAUGAGGUCCUUUACUUGACUGAGGCUGUCGACGAGUAUUGUAUCCAGGCAAUGCCAGAAUUCGACGGAAAGAAGUUCCAGAAUGUGGCAAAGGAGGGUGUUAGCAUCGACGAUUCCGACAAAGCAAAAGAGGCAUACAAGGAGUUGGAGAAGGAGUUCGAACCCUUGACAUCUUGGUUGAAAGAAACAGCACUCAAGGAUAAAAUUGAAAAAGCUGUUGUGUCGCAACGACUUGUGAAAUCGCCAUCUGCUCUAGUCGCAUCCAGCUACGGUUGGUCUGGUAACAUGGAACGAAUCAUGAAGAGUCAAGCGUACACUAAGGCAAAGGAUCCCACGCAAGAGUUUUACGCAAAUCAGAAGAAAACGUUCGAAGUGAAUCCCCGUCAUCCCGUGGUCAAAGAGUUGCUGAGACGUGUUGUGGCCGAUAGAGAUGACCAAAAAGCAAAGGACACGGCUACCCUUCUUUUCGAGACUGCCACUCUGCGAUCUGGAUUCGCUCUCCAAGACCAGGUUGGAUUUGCCGAACGUAUUGAGUCGGUACUUCGACAGUCUCUUGACGUUGCAAUGGACGCCACUGUUGAAGCUGAGCCGACAAUCGAGGAGGAUGAAGAGGAGCAACCAGCAGAAGAAGAAAAAACGACUGAAGAGACGAAAGUGGAAGAAGAACAUUCCGAACUGUAA